UAGACUGUUUUUCCUGUAUCAGGAGCUGCUUAUAAGGGAGAUCUUUUUCCACCCAGUCAACGCCAACCUGCUCUAGCCUGCUGUUGCUCCUCUAUACCUCCAUAUGACAUGUCCCCACAACAGGAGCUGCUUGAGCUGCUUAUAAGGGAGUUCUCCUUCCACCCAGUCAACGCCAACCUCCUCUGGCCCGGCGCUGUGUCGUUUGCUGAUUGGCUCGCCGCCCGGCCACAAGUGCUAGAGGGAGCUAGAGUGCUGGAAAUUGGGAGUGGGACAGGAGCCCUGGCCAUUUUCCUGCACAAGGCCAUGGGGUGUGACGUCACCACGUGUGACUAUAGCGAUGCCAGCAUCGCAGCCAACAUCAGCCACAACUGCCUGGCCAAUGGGAUUGAACCACUCCAACACAUUCGACACACAUGGGGGGAACCAUUUCCCAUCAGAGAACCAUCAUGGGAUGUCGUCGUUGCCAGCGACAUUCUCCUAUAUGUGAAAGAGUAUCCGAACCUUGUCAAGACCCUCCGCUUCCUCCUCUUUGGCGCCCUGGAGUUGUCCCAAACGACACAAGGCAAGGGCUACAGAGAAGAUAAAGGUUGUAGCAAAGAAGAUGAUGCAAAGAAGAUGAAGGACAUAAAGAUAAAGGGCGGAGAAGGAGAGAGGGCAGAUUUCUCUCUAGCAGGAGCGCAGGCUUCGCAGGCUGUAGCUGAGACAGCAGCUGUAGCAGGGGGCGACGCAGUAGCAGGGGGCGACGCAGUAGCAGAGAGGGGUGCAGGAGAGGGGGGGUGCAUUCAUUUCGGGCGAACAUCGGAGCAUAGCAGUGAUGCGAUGGCGGGAAGCUCAGAGCACAAAACAAACACUGGGCUGGCUAAUGACACGGCUGAUGACACGGCUGCUGGCGCACCGGUGUCUGAUGCAGGUGUUGCUGGCAUAAAGGAUGUGAGGGUGGCUGCUGGAGCCAGUGCUGACACCAGUGACACAGGGCAGAAGCAGAGGAAAGCACGUGGGCACAGCCGUGGGCAGGCAAGGCAGAGGGUGCACAAUAGGGGGGGGGCAGGUGAAGGUGUGGUGUUGAGGCGGCCGUGCUUUGUGAUGAGCUGGAGGAGGAGAAUACCCAAGGAGGAUGAGGAGGGGUUCUUUCAAUUGUGUGAAGAGGCGGGGAUGAGUGUAGAGGAUCUGGGCAGCAGGGUGUUCUACAUUGCUCCAGUUGUUCAAUAAUGAGUACAUCUGUUUGAUAAUGAGUGUAGAGGCGAGGACCUGGAAGGAAACGCUUGAUACAUCUGUUGAGGCGGCCGUGCUUUGUGAUGAGUUGGAGGCGAAUCCCCAGGGGGGAUGAGGAGAGGUUCUUCUGCUUGUGUAAAGAGACAGGGAUGAGUGUAGAGGAUCUGGGGGCAGCAGAGUGUUUUGUGUUGCAAGCUAAAGCUUAAAACCCGCGUACCAAAUGUCCCAAAAUUGCCUAUGAGAACCACUGGACAACCG